CAUUUUCUCCCCCGCCGUAGCAGCCACCGCACCACAGCCAUAGGAUAACACAUCCACGGCUGUAAUCACCCGCCUCACUCCCCCUGCCUUCCCGUCACCAAUGGCGAAGGGUGGCUGAGAAAGAAAAAACAGAGCCCACGGAGCUCCCACAAACGACAAACCUCCUCCUCCCAAUGGCUCCCCUCGCCUCCCCUCCUCUCCCAUCCCGCGCCACCGCCCCUCGCUUCCUCACCGCCCCCGCCGGUCGCCGGCAUCCAAGGCUGCUCAACCCGCCGCGGCCCGCGUCCCCGCUCCUCUCCUCCGCCCGGGCUCCAUGCAGCGCCACCCGCGAGCGCAGGCGCGACACCGUACGGGAAUGCUCUCAAGCUGAUGCUGCUAGACCAGCUCCACUAUUAAAGACACUGUCAGACCUCAAGGAUUCCUGCUGGAGAUUUCUGAGGCCACAUACAAUUCGAGGAACUGCUUUGGGAUCCAUAGCUUUGGUUGCUAGAGCCUUGAUAGAAAAUUCCCAUCUGAUAAAUUGGUGGUUGGUAUUCAAAGCAUUCUAUGGGAUUGUAGCGUUAAUCUGUGGCAAUGGUUACAUAGUUGGGAUUAAUCAAAUCUAUGACAUUGCUAUUGACAAGGUAAACAAGCCAUAUUUACCCAUUGCUGCCGGUGAUCUCUCAGUUCAGUCAGCAUGGUUGUUGGUAAUAUUAUUUGCAUCUGCAGGCUUUUCAAUUGUUGCGUUGAACUUUGGACCUUUCAUUACCUCUCUAUAUUGCCUUGGCCUAUUUCUUGGCACUAUAUAUUCUGUUCCUCCAUUCAGACUGAAGAGAUAUCCAGUUGCUGCUUUCCUUAUCAUUGCAACGGUUCGUGGUUUUCUUCUCAAUUUUGGCGUGUACUAUGCUACUAGAGCUUCACUAGGUCUUACAUUCCAAUGGAGCUCUCCUGUUGCUUUCAUUACAUGCUUCGUGACAUUAUUUGCUUUGGUCAUUGCUAUAACCAAAGAUCUCCCUGAUGUUGAAGGAGAUCGCAAGUACCAAAUAUCAACUUUGGCGACAAAGCUUGGUGUGAGAAACAUUGCCUUCCUUGGCUCUGGUUUAUUGGUAGCAAAUUAUAUUGCUGCUAUUGUUGUAGCUUUUCUGAUGCCUCAGGCUUUCAGACACACUGUAAUGGUUCCUGUGCAUGCUGCCCUUGCAGCUGGUUUAAUUUUUCAGACAUGGGUUCUGGAGCAAGCCAAGUACACCAAGGAUGCUAUUUCGCAGUACUACCGGUUCAUUUGGAAUCUCUUUUAUGCUGAAUAUAUAUUCUUUCCGUUAAUAUAGAGAGAUCUUGUUGUUUAACAUGGGCUACAACCUAAAUGAUGCAAGCAAACGAAAUCAGAGAGAAGUUGACAAGAACAGGAAAUCAAACAUGUCAGCUCAGGGAAGUAAUAGUAGAUAAAUUUCUCUUUUGUGCAUAUAGAGAGGUAUGGUCGUGGUGCGGUGUGGAGUUGCAGUGACUUAUUUUGUAGUAUUUAAUGUCGUGGGAUGGUCCGAUGUAUGAACGUGACAACGUUCGGGGAUGGUAUACAGCGUAUAGGAUGAUCAGAGCAGAGUAAACAUGCCUAUUCGACGUCACGAUAGGUUAGGAGUAGUUGGUUCCGUUAGAGGUAGGUUCGUCACAGGUUUGUUUAUGCAUCUUUGCCUCUGGUAUAUAAAGGAGUGCAGUUUCUGCUUGUAGCGAGGACAUUCUAUAACAAGUUCACCUAAUU